ACUCUGACUCUGACUGGCCUGACAGCAGCACAAACAGAGACACUAACAAACGCUACUACUUGAGAGACUUGAGACCCUAACAAAGGUGAAGAUGGUGAUUGAUGUACUCCAAAAGUCAACCCUCAAGCUGGCGAUGAACAUUUGAAAGUGAAGGGUUGACCCUUUUUAAUUGGUUGUAUCUUUUGCGAUUAUUUUUGUCCUACUUAAUUUCUUAGAGGAAAACGCAGUUCACAAUGGCAAAAACCUAUCAUCCACUUACUUACUUGUUGCUCAUUGACGUACCCGAAGCUCACCAAAGAAAGUUUCAUGAGGCAGUUUGGUGUUUGGAUCGGUGCACCAGCUGCUUGUCGGCGACUGGCGUUUCAAACCACUUGGAUGAAGCUAUCAAGCUUGAAGCAGAUCGUUUGAGGGCGCUGAACAAAGAGUUUUACUUGAAGUCCAUAUUCCAGAUGAUGGUUUAUAGUUCUUGUUGUUGCCUGGCCAAGAUGCCAAACCAAUCGGAUGCACUCAAGUUUCAGACGAUCGCAGCGUUUAUUAAAUAUAAAUUAAAUUACUCUCUUCAAAACAAGCAUUUGUCAGAAUUCCCAGAGGACUAUUGCUUGACUUUUUAUAAAUUAACUCCACACUUGCUGCAUAUUCUCGAGUUGACCCUGGCUGAACUGGGCCGGAGGUGGCAUACUAAAAGUAAAGCAGAGCUUAAACUCCCACAAAAGGAAUUGACAGAAAAGAUGGCAACAAGCCUUGGGUUGCUGACUGAAUGUGAGGCGCUAAUUUCAAAGAAGUCUGGAAACUUGAUUGCACAAAAGAAAAAGGGACUAACAGUGCUCAAUGAUAAAGUGAGAGGUCUAGUAGCCAGCCACAACGUGGAGUACUACACUCUGAAGAAGAACGAGAUUGACCUUUGCAACGUGAUGCUGGGACCGAACGCCACCAAAAGAAUGCCUCUGAUUGUGACUAAGUUGAGACUGGAGUAUGAGAACAAGGUCCUAAGCAAUCGAGAGAAAAAAAGCAAGUUGGCAUUAUUUGAAGAGCAGGGAUUGAAGUUGAAGAAAAUCGCGGAGGCUUAUAUUGAGGUGGAAAAGAAAAUCAAAUAUACUAAAGCCACGCUCAACAAGCUGGAGUUGAUGCUCUAG